CCAAAUUAAUCCCAGUGCACAUACAAUCAUUAACACGCAAGGUGCUGGGAGGAGUUACUGAACCUUGUAGUGCGAGGAACCUGAGUUGGCACCAGCAAAAGACCAUCCUUUUUUUUCCCCUUUUGAGUGACUCGAGAGUUUUUUUUUGUGAUGUUUUUCGUCAUAUCCAUUUGAGCCUGAGAGUUUAGUUUCCUCCUACUGUAAGGUACAAUUAAACUCCUCCGGCUGCUCCACCAUGAUGUCUUCUUCAAUGUUGUUGAAACAGAAAUAUUACAAAAAGCAGCCGAAGAAGCGAAAUGCCAAUCAUAAAAUACUUUUGUCCAUGAAAAUGGCCAAUGGAGUAGAUGGCCCUAUAGGUAUCCCAUUCCCUGAUCACAGCAGUGACAUUCUUAGUAGUCUUAAUGAGCAGAGGAACUAUGGUUAUCUCUGUGAUGUUAUCAUCAUAGUGGACGGACAGGAAUUUCGGACCCACCGAUCUGUCCUCGCAGCCUGCAGUCAGUACUUCAAAAAGCUCUUCACAUUGGGGGCCAUUGUGGACCAACAGAAUGUUUACGAAAUAGACUUUGUCACGGCAGAAGCUCUCUCGGCACUGUUGGAGUUUGCGUACACGGCAACCCUGACUAUAAGCACUUCAAAUGUAAAUGAGAUUUUAAAUGCAGCGAGGCUGCUGGAAAUCCAAUGUGUGAGCAACGUCUGCCAUGAUCUCCUUGUAUCAAAUGCCCUGGCCAGCAAGGAGAUAGAUUAUGUAGAUCAAAUUGAUCAGAGAAACCUCCUGAGAGCAAAAGAAUAUCUAGAGUACUUCCAAAGCCCUCCAGCCAAUGGCCACAUGGACAGCCAAUGGCCAAGUCUUGAACUGAAAGACCUUUCAAGAGCGCACUUUAAAAAUGGAGUUAGUGAAGACCUGGCACAGAAGGCACGAGAGGUCUAUCCAGAAAUGCCCACAAAUGACCAGCCAACCCAAACCAUGGACAAAUCCAUGCUGUGGAUCAAGAAGGAGGACAUCACUGGGCCUUCGUUUUCACCCUCGCAGAAUGGAGACUAUCCUGACGUCAAUCUCCAUGAAGAAGAAGGUUUUCUAGAACACCAAGAGCUGGCUAUGCACCCAAACUUUACCCCAGCUGAAGAGAUGAAACUGGAGCUAAACAAGGAAGAAGUCGAUUCCAUUUCAUCCAGAGCCUUCCUAGAACAGAUCAUAAACUCAGUUGACGAGUCCUAUGACAAGAACUUGGUAAAAGAAGAGAGUGAUCUUGAUUCAUACUUGAAUUUCUUCACCCCUUCCUUUGAGGGUGAAGGCUACUCUUCCUGGUCCAAAAAAAGUGAGAAAAAAGUGAGGGCAAAGGCAUUCCAGAAGUGUCCAAUCUGCGAGAAGGUGAUUCAGGGAGCAGGAAAACUGCCACGUCACAUCAGGACUCACACGGGCGAAAAACCGUACGAGUGUAACAUCUGCAAUGUCCGCUUCACAAGACAGGACAAGUUAAAAGUUCAUAUGAGGAAGCAUACAGGAGAGAAGCCCUAUUUGUGUAUUGAGUGUGGAGCUGCAUUUGCGCACAACUAUGACCUGAAGAAUCACAUGCGUGCCCAUACAGGCCUUCGCCCCUACCAGUGCGAUUCCUGCUUCAAGACCUUCGUCCGCUCGGACCAUCUGCACAGGCACCUUAAAAAGGAGGGCUGCAAUGGCACCCCCUCCACAAGAGGACGCAAGCCUCGGGUAAGGGACACCAGCAACCUCGUGUCCGAGGGGUUGAAUGAUCCUGGCUGUGGAGAGGGCAUCGGGGAGGAGUCUGCCAACCUGAACAUGGAGUUGGAAGAAAACAGCAACCAACAGCACUUUGAAGAUCGACCAGAAGAAGAUUGCUCCAAGAUUUUGGAAAAUGAAAAGCCUCCUGAGAGGCUGAAUGUAGAUGAGGAUUUGCUUGAGGAUAACAAAAGCCAAUUGUGUGAAAGCUAAACCAAAUCAUGGUAACAGGGAGGUGGGUGGGAUAGGCAGGGAAUAGGGGCACAAACCUUCUAUUAGUAGUUCCUCAUCCUUUUUAAACAAAAAUGGGCAAGAAGGUUUUUUUUUUACUUUAAUUCAGAAAUAGCUUGGUAGUAGAAUGCUAGACCUCUUGUUUUACAGUUUAGGCAAAGGAUAUCACUGCUAGAAUCUUAAGUUGAAGUUGACCCGUGCUACACUUUUCAGGCCCUGGUAACUGAUCGGUAUUGAUCCUUGGUACAUGUUCAGAUGUUUGCUGAGCCUCCGUGCAAAUGAUGCUAAUGGAUAAAUGUGAGGGGCCAAGGUUCAUGUAGGUACUUACCCUAAUAUCACCACAGGUAUCCAGUAUUGGCAUUGGUCAAUUUCUAAUUUUAAUCAACAUAAAGUAACGUUAAAUUAUGAUUUUUUUUGAAUUCAUAGUUUGGUGUAACUAGCCUUUAUUUUUAACAUUCGAACUUAUGACUAUACAGUACAAACACAGGACAUGAACAGCUGUAAUGAGAUUGACUCUAGUAAAACAAAUUUCUAGGUGUUUUUAAAAGAAUAUUUAGUUUAUUUUGUUUCCAAAGUCAGGUUCCAAUUAAUUUUUAUUUUGAAAACGAAACGUUUUGCUGUUUUGCAAACAGGUUUAAAAUCUAAGAAUUUAGUUGUUUUUAAAAGAACGUUUACUGAAUGUAAAGCGUGUGUGACAAUAGUGAAUUUGAAAGGAUUCGGGAGUGAGAUGGUAUGGAAAAGGCUUGUACCUUUUCGAGUUAGCAAUAAAGUUGGAAGGCCUAGCACUUUUAUACAGGGGGUUUCAGCUGUUUGCAGAUCAGGACCCUAUGUAAAAAUGUUUACAAGUGAAUCCCUAAUCAGUCAAAUAUGGAGAAAGGGAAAGGGUGAGAAAAACUACUAAUUCUAUUUUGUAACAUAAUAAUUAUAUAGACCCUCUAAGCUCAUUGCACUUAUAGCCAAGAGCUCAACUUGGGCUAGGUCAUACAAGGCCCUCACCCAGUGUUCAUCAGUUUAGUCCAUAGAAGGCGGGGGGGAGAGUGGGGAAGAAAGUGAGAUUGUAAAAUGAUUUCAAAAGAUAAGAUUUUAUUGAAAUCCAUGGCAUGAAUUGUAAAUUAAUUUUGCUAGUAAUCCACUCCAGAAAACAUUGAGAUGUUGAAAAAUCCAAGAAUCUUAAUGCAUUGGUAAAAGAGAAACCUUCAUUCUAAUUAUGUGUUUAGCAGGCCACUGUGCCUUCUCUGUUGAGGUAAAUUAUUAUUUGGUGGCACAGUACUCUGACUGGUAUUCAAUCCAAGUUACAAUCUUGGCUUUGCCAGGGUGCAUCCAGGCAAAAAGAUGAAAGCUGGUGUCUAUUAUAGCCAGUGUUGGAGGUAACUUGGCCAUGCACUGUGUGGGCUUUCUUGAAAGUUGCCAUAGUGUGAAUCAUUGACCUACUUUUUGUUGCUGCUCCACAGAGCUUCCGUAAAAAGUAGAUCUUCAGCCUUUAAGAUGUCGGUAAUAAUUCCUUCAGUUCGUGGCAAACAUUUAACUACCAUAGAGAAUGCCAAAAACAGACAAAACAUUUAUUUACUGUAGAGUUUUAUUAGAGAGUGGUGAAUUUUUAGGAGGGAAGAGUUCUAAUGGCAUUUUUAGAAUCUAUGCUGUACUUAAACUUUGUCAUGCAACAACAGGUUUAGAGCUUAUAUUAGUGAGGAAAACUCCUAAUCUCUCUCAACCAUUGAACUGAAUAGCCACCUACUCUAUAAAUAAUCAAAGUUGUUUUUUUUUAAAUUGGUUGACCAUGGUAGGCUGGCUGUAACAUCCUCACCAGUUGGUCUUGUUCCCUCCAAACUAUUUCCAGUCUCAUAUGGGGAACUGAAGCAACAUUGGGUGUAUUCUUUGGCUAACAAGUCCUAGUGUGGGUGUGUAAAUAAUAUAUAUUUCACUUAAUAAGAUUUUAUUUAAUGGAUUGACCUUACUUUUUGAUAGUGAACUUGUAGGGCAAGAUGUGUAUUUCAGCACUGUGUGAAGAGGAGAGGGUGUGGGAGCUUAGAGGGGAAAGGAUGUUAGACACCACUACAGGCAACAUUUUACCACAUUCCUUAUUUUUGCACUAAAAAAAUCUUCAACAUGCAGGAACAAGCACUGUUAGAUGUGGAAUACACCUUCAGCAUAUGUUUUUGGUUGGUGAAUAGUCAACAAGUUCAGGAUACCAACAGUCAAAACUCAUUGAUGUACAUUUGUGUUUGGAGUAUUUUGUCAUUCUUAUACACACCCUCUUUAAAAUGCUAUCUUUGAGAGUUGUAUGAAAGUGUGUUUGAACAAGGCGUGUGUUAUGCAGGGGGUGGGGAGUGUGAUCACUCUUUAUUUAAAUUUUCUUUUUUAAAUAUGAUUUCUCUACAAUAGAGGGAGCUGUUAAAAAUGCAUGCUAUAUGCGGGAUUGUGAUUUUUCUAGAAUGUUCGAAUGAAGAGGCUCGUCAUAUAUUUGUGUAGAUUUGUUAACUUGUUUCCCAAUGACGAAUGUGAUAAAGUGUUGUAUGAAUUCUGAACUAACAUUGUACUUGGAAUUCUCAUGAAACACAGCAUUGGUUAGACAGACUUAAGCUGUGGGAGGAUAUGAAAAAACAAGUGGGCUAUUUACUUGGACUUGCUGAGCAGUUAACCAUUUUAGAUCAAGUUCAGAGCCUUUUCCUUGGCUAAGUUCUGUGACUCAUUGAAGUACUGGCAGUUCAAUUUAGAUGAGCAAAGUAGUCAAGAUGCCAUAUCUUUGUCUGUGGCCAAACUGUUAUGUAUGUGUAUAAUAAUAUAUUUUCUAAGAUCUUCUCUUCCUGCACGCCCUGCCUCCUAAUCUCCAAUUCCUGCAAUGUUAUGUCUAGUCACUGGAUUAAUGUAAACUGCUCUAUUCACCCCCUUUCCUGCUGUGGCAUCAUGUGCUGAUUGAUCUUGUUUUCACCAAGCUCUCCUACCAUGAUUGUCCCCUUGACACACUUGACCUACUGAAACAAUGUAGUAAAACUUUAAAUUGUGAGGAUCGUUGGGCUUGGAGGGGUGGUUUUGUAGGUGAAGAAAGUUAAUGUUGGGUUUCAGAUGUUGUUAGACUUAAAUUAGUGAAUAACUGAUGACGACUGUUGCUCCAUAAUCACAAAUUACUCACCAUAAUUUAGGCCAGUUUUCCCGUCUUAAUUCAUCUAUUCAGUUAUGUACAUUGCUAUUUUGCCCAAUUGCUGGAUCUAGAUUUGUUUUCUUAAAUGAAUCCAAAUAUUUGCUUAAGAGUUCAUUCCAGAGGAUUAUGGAUUCCAAGUGUUUGAAGAGUAUAUUGGUCUUAAAGUUACUUUUCAUCAGUUUAAAACUCUUUCUCUUGUCCUACUCACAUAGUUUAAAAUCCAAACUUAGUUGAGGAGUGGGGAAAAUACAACAAAUACAUCUUGCAUUUAACAAUUUUGUGAAUGUAAAAUUUUGCAUGGUGAUUUCCAGGAAUAAAGCAAAUUUUCAUAAGCAAAAUAUUUAUUUUCAGAGUAUAUAUCUCUUCCUACUCUCUUCCUCUCCUCAAAUAUACAUUCUAAAUCAUUUCACCAGUGGUCACUCAGUAUAGUGCAAAGGGGUGCAAUCACCAUCUACUUAAUUUCUUGUAUCUUGCAUCUAUCACUUUGAUUAUUCCUGCCCACCACCAUUCCAUUCACUUGCAGGAAGAACAGCUUUCUUUGUGGCCAACCAGCUUGAAGCAUUCUCAUAGCAGGAUGAACGGAGAACAGAUCAAUUUCCUGUUCUAAACAACUCUGCGAUAUGAACACCAGCUGAGAAUUGAUGGGAAUCAAUCCAGUAGUGACUGGAAGCCUCAGAUGGCUCCAUUCAGCAUAGGAUUGCCAACUUUGGUCAGAUGUAUUUCUUAAAGGGUUUCAUCUCAUGACCUUCAAUCACCACACUUAGUCAAACAGCUCUUUAUUGUAUCGUCAGAGACGACUUUCAUUUAUUUCCCACCUUUACCAUAGUAAAAGUUCAGCACCCCUUCAAACUUUGGCACAAUUUAAUGGUGAGACACCUUGCAAUAUGACCAAAAGCAUUGUCAAAGCACUAGUUUAAGAAGUGACUUCAAGGAAGAGAGGAGGUACAGAUAUUUACCGUUUUUAAAAAUAAUUUCUAAACAUGUUUAAAGAAAAUUAAAUUCUUUAUUAAUGCCCCUUUUCACCAGGUUUACUCACAGUAGUGCCCAGUACAUAAAUCUAAGUGAAUUCUGAACAACUCAGCGAGUUUGUAACCCUAAUUCUUGGUCAAUAUUUGUGAACAGAGCACACUGAUCACAACUGGGAUUGUGAGUCUUUAAUCCACUGGGGUUAAUGAACAGUCAUUUGAAAUGUCCUCACAUGUUUUAACAUCCAAGUUUGUCUUAUUCAGCCAAGUGUAAUCUGUAUUAAAUCCAUCUCAAUUUGAUAGUAGUUCUAAUCAUGUAAAUAAAUCCCAACUGUAAAGAGAAUUUUAUAAAAUCACAUUACAAAAUGAUUGUUAUGUUUUAGUUCUGCUAAUAAACAUCAUGCCUUACAACUUGCAUUAAUUCUAAAAUUGUGAAGUGGCGAAAUGCUUUCUGUAAAUCAGGACUUUUUAACUCCUUUUUAGUCUCCCUGCUGCCCUCCUCCAAGAUGUGUCCUGGCCUCAGCCUUUUAACUGAAGAGCACGUGCUGGGAUGUUUACUCCUCUAGCAGCAGUUCUGGACUUGGCUCCUCUCUCGCCCAGAAUGAACUGGACCAGCAUAACUUAGUUCCUUAUGAGCAGGAAUACAGCACAAAACUAGCUUGAAUCUAAUCCAGUAGCUAUUAGAAAGGUGAAUCAUUCAUUGGCAGUCUUGCACCAGGGUAAUGAGCACAGUAGGAAGUGACACUGCUGUACUGAUAUUGCAGGGACUGGGUGGAGGUUUAGGUUUCCAUUUCCAUUAGGAUAUUAAAUGUUCAAAACCACAAAAAUCCCAACAAAUUGUAGGAAUGUUAUGAUGAGAGCCCAAAUAAAGAACCCAUUUUUCUGUAGGUGUACGAUUGAAGUUUUGAGUUCAAUCUUACUUAGCAACCCUGAAUAGAGCAAGACAUUUUUUAUUCCUUUGAUAAUUUGCACGCAGGGGAUUAUUCAGUAACAGUGAGUAAGGUGUGUAAGGGUUUCUGAUAGACACUAGCUGGAUCUUUUGCUGCGGUUGCAUUGCAACUGACACAAUUAUAUGAAUGUGCUGAGCUUCUCAUUUUGGCAGCUAACAUUUCAAUGUUUAGACUGUGCAGGAAGCUAUGCCCAUAAACAUUUCAAAACAAUGUGGAAUUUAUCCAGUAAUAUUCGGGAGUGGAAGGGGUCUACGCCUCCAGCACUUUCAAAAAUGCAGUGCAGCAUCAAAAAAAGUUGAGUACCAUCUAAUCUCAAAUAGGAUGUAGAAAGACACUGCCCUCCAGGCAUUCUCUCUGUUACUCUCCAAAAUUGGGUUGGGCUCUGACUUCACAGCUACUUUGCAACUUAAAAAACAAGUUGUUGUGUAAAUACACCCUUGUAACAUGCCCAAUAACUACUACAGGCUCUAUUUAGUAUAAUUUCUGGGAAGAUGAUUUAUGACCUCCAUUAGCACUCCAUUAGCUGGAGAUUGUACUUGCUGUGAACAGCAAUUCGGAAAACUAUUUCAAUUGAGCAAUUUUAAUUAUUUUAAUGAGUUCAUGGCCACGACUUAACCACUGGGUAGAUUAAUGAAUGUUUUCUUGUACUUAGGCCUGCCUUUGCCCAUUCUUGAUGCUAGCUUAUAGUAAUGGCGAUAGUUAAAUAAGGCCUAAAAGGAUUAAAAUUAAACAAUUUAGUAUUUCUGUAAGAUUUAGGAUGAAUAGUAGAAACUAAGACUCUGUGCAAACUGUUUCCAAAUGUGUUAAAUUAGUGUCUCCAAAAUAGUUGGUAGAAAAAUUACAGGGUGAAAUUCCUCCUGCAUGUGGUUUGAUUGUUAGUUUGUAAAGUCAUCAACCAGAGAAAUUUCAUCUUUUUAAAAUAAGAAUAUUUUAAUCUUAGAACAGCAUUUUGUCAAAUUUUUCCUUAAUUCUGAGUACCUACUUUAAUUUUUACCCAAUUAACCAAUUUAACUUUUUUUAUAUAAUAUGUCUAAUAGCAAUCUAUAAGCACAUAAGAAAUCCAAUCAUAGCUGAAAGUAAUUUCCUCCUGUUGUAUCUGCACUACAUAUUGGUUCAUUCAAUUUUUUUUCCUCUCCAUCCAGGAAUGAUUACUCAGAUAUCCUGUGACAUUAGAAGUUUUGAGAUCACAAGGGUUACUGUCACUUUAUAUAGUUUUUAUGCCAAGCAUUGGGAUAAUUUUUUCUAAACUACCCUUAAUUCUUCAUGUAGUAGUUAAAUGAAAAGUCAGUUUCAACAUUUUAUGAAAAUGAAAUUGCAGUGGAGCAUUGUACAUGUGGAGAAGAGUCACAAGGCUGAUCCCAUGUGUAAAACUGUGUGGAAUGAUAAGAAAAACCUGGCCCUAAAGUCCAAAAACUGCUUUGUGAGUAUCUCCCUGACAUGUAUAAAAUGUUAAAUAGUACAUUUAAAAAAAAAAGAUAAUUGUUCCAGGAAAAUAAUGUCAGCAUUUAGAAUUGGUGAAAAGUAAGUUUAAGAUGUAUUUGAAAGAAGCUCUCAACUCUCAAGUGACAAAUGUUUUGGAAUGGCAGAUAACAUUGUCAUGACAAAAACGUUCAGGAUCUUUUGAAGUGCAGUUGAGUUGCUGAGAAGAGAUGGGCUGAAUGAUCUUUAUAAAUCUCCCAGUUCUCUCUUGUUUUAAAGUUGUUGGUUUAUCCUAUGGGAAAAUUAAAAUUGUUACUGUUAUGAUACAGUCCUGCAAACAAAAAUUGGAUUCAGAAACCUUCCUGUUGUGUUUCAUGAGUUUCCGUUCUUUAUUCCAAAUGAAAUGGCACAUUGGCAGAAGAGCCUAGAAGUGGAGAGGCAUCUUAUGCUUAAUUCAUUGUUAAAGCACAGAGGGAACAUUCCAUACAUUAUUUGUGCAUAGAUUCUUGAGCCGGGGAGGGAAAGAAACAGAGAAUAUAAAAAUUGCACUUUGGGCUAUUGGUAAAUUUUAUCAUUGUAAAUAAAACCACUAAAUCAAUCAGCAUAGUCCAAAAUACUUAGUUUUUAUACUGAAAAAAAUCCAAAGAAAUUGAGUACUAUUAUGCAUAUAUUGUACACUUUGAAUUUUUCUGCCCAUUUUUAAUUAUUUUCCAGUUUGUUUAUUUUCAUAUCUUUCAUUUGAGUGCACUUGCAGACUUCUGAAUCUUACAACAACAAUAAAAUUCCAACAGACAUGAUUUAAAAAAUAUGAUAAACAUACACACACAGAAACAAACAAAAUAGGGGGCAUGUGAAGAUUAAAGGAUUUUAAACUACACAACUGGCAGCUUGGGAAUGUUUUGGGAAUUAUAUUUAUAAUAAUGCGCUUUGAAAUACAGGCAGGGCUUUGGGAAUCUGUGGGAACAUUUUCUGCCAGUUCUUGAAGUUCAUAACAUCCUUGAAUCAUUCUGAGACAUGCAAUUCUUAAUUAAAUGUAAUAUAUUUUUGAUUUGUAGUAUUUUAAAAUAGAAAUAGUUCAAUGAUAUUGGUAAUGUUAUUUAUAUUUUUUCAUUAAUGUGGUGCUUGAUCCUUUUACAGGCCUGAUUGCAUUAUUUUUGUCUUGUAUUUUCUGUCCUCAGUCCUUCUGUGCAAUUUGUCACUUUCUAAACUCUGAUGAUUAUACAAGUUCUUAUUGUUCAAAAAUAUUCAUGUAACAUCACCCAUUCCUGCCCAAUAAUUUAAUGAAUACCCUAAGCUUUUGGAAAGCACCUUUAUUUUUUAUUUUACAAGCUCUGUGUUGGUAUUAGUGGACAAAUAUUGAACAUAUUUGAUGUUCCUUUCCAUUCUCAUUUACGUUGAGUUGAUAUUUUUGCUAAGAUACAGUAAGAAGUGUCAAAAGCAUUUUGUAUCUAUCACCAACAGUCUCAUUUCUUGGCUAUAUCACUAAUUUUUUUUUUCACUGACCUUGCUACUUGCUCCCCUGGUUGACUAUAUUUGAUUUUAAAUAUCCCUCUUAUUCAAUCAUUAUGCUGGUAAAAUAUAUUAAAAUGAACUUUUAAAAUUUGGGAUUAAAUACCCAAAUAGCUCUUCAAAAUGCUAGUGGAUUUCUAAAGACAGUACCUGACCUUUCUGUUGGGUUUCUCCAAUGUCCAUUGGACCUCAAGAACUGGAAAAGAAGCCAAGUUUGGUAGAUACCAAAGCCUUGUACAGUAUUUGCUUGCUGUGGCUGAAUGAUGUAAUGCCUUACUGUUAUCAUUGUGUAAUAACAUGCUGUACUGUAAUGGAUGAUGGGUAUUUUCUCAGGUUCUAGCAUAGGGUGGGAUCCAUGGUUUGAAAUUUGCUCGAAAAUUACCACCCUCUCCUCCUGUUCACUCCGACAUCACACCACCCGCCUCCCCCCCCCACCCCCCAAAAAAAAAUUCCUGUUUUAGAGGAACUGUCUGCAACUAUAUUUAUUUUAUUAAUUUGGUUACUCCAAUUACCAAACUUGCAUCUCAUUGUUUUUCAAAAGUGAUUUUAUAAAAGUAUAAUUUUACCAUAGACCCUCAAGAAAUAGUCAUUGGGUAAAAUGUAAAGUUUUUUUUUUAUUUAAAUACUUUGUUUUUUUUUAAUUUUCUCAAAAAUUAGUGUGGAAAAUAAAAACUGUAUUCUGUAUAUUGUGGUAAUAUGAGUAUGAACUUUAUCCAUGAAUGAUUGAGUUUAGUAUGUUACUACAGGCCAUUCUCAUUGCCUCAGUAGCAAUUCAUUUGAUACUUUCUAAUCCCAGUCACAAGAAUCACUCACCUAUGGUUGAUGGGCUGGAUUAAGUUCAAGAAAGCAGGACAUCAUGUAACUUUUCUUCUGUGUGAUGGCCUUUAAAAGAGCUUGCCACAAAAUGGCAGAUGCUUCCCACCUUCCCCAGGAUAAUUAGAACAUUAACAUUUAACUGGAAACCUGCUGAACCAUCUUAGUUUGUUUGCCCACAGUGCCAGUCUAUAUAGACUGGGAUAAUGCAAACCACUUGACACACAAAUAUUUAUGUACACUGCAGGGAGCUGUGAAUUCUCAGUUUACUUCGAUCCAUUAUAUAGGAAUUCCUAAUUCUAAACCGGGUUCAGCAUAGUUCGGUCCAGAGAAGCAAUUCUAAGUAUGUUUGAAUCCUCCUCCUGGCCUCAGUGGGAAUUAUCGGAUAAUUGCUGUGUCCCUUGACACAUUGUGGUCGAUACAGUGUCAUAUGGGAAUCGUUGAUACAAGUUUGCAACCUACCACUGCAUACCAAUGCUAUGUUAGCUUAUUAUCAGGUGUUUCUAUGCUGAAUAUGAAAGUCAAAUUAGCAGUGAAAUAUGUGGGACUUCCGUUUGUCUGGUUCAUGAAACCUAAUGCAAAUCUCUAGUUUCUUCCCAACAUUAAAAUGAGAAAUGAAAUAUUGGUUGACAGGCUGGUAAUACCAACUGAAACAGACAAACAAUGCAGGAUUGUGUCUAACUGGAUUUUUAAAUGGAAUUUUGGGUCUAUAGUUAGAAUAGUUAAAUUAGGCAUGAGGGCAGUUAGCAGAUGUCAGUUAAUAUUUUCAGACACCCUGGAGAACACUGAGGGAAAGAUCAAGCCAAGGACUAACUACAAUCUAUUUAUGUAGAAAUGUAAACCUACAGCUUUUGACUGUUUUUUGGGUUGUUCCUUUAUUCUUCUGUUCUUUCUCUGUUCUCUAAUUUUUCAGUUUUCCUUUCACUUGUCUUCUGAAGGCUGAAUUACACAAACACUGGGUACUCUUUACUACCCACUUGUGACUAUUUUUAACACAAGCCUAGAGAGAUAAUGUCGACAGACUAUAAACUAUAAUCAAGGAUGUUUCUGAUCUUGCCUGAUAUUCCUGUAACAUAUUUACAAUAUAUGCAUACACUCGGCUUGGUUUCCUGAUUUGCGCCUUUCUUUACACAGCCCUUAAGUGCAAAGACCAAACCUAAUCACUCUAUCGAUUGAGGUAAGUGAACAACAAGAUUUAGAAUUGCACUGGGAUAUUCAGGGUCUUUUAUGGUUUGAAUUCCAGCAUAGUUUGAGGUUCUGAAUCUACUGAAUUUGAUAGUCUGCCAAAGCAUUUUUAACUCUCGGCCAUUUAAAAGUUUUCCUCUGUUAUUACUGCUGCCUACCCCUUCCCUCCUACGAUGUAAACUUUGACCUUUACUUGUGAAAAUUGUCUUGUUGAAUUACCCAAGUGUGGAUUAAUAGCGAGCAUGGGUGGGAUUUUUUUUACACCAUGAAUCACCUUCUGCACAUGCACAUUUUCUAGCAGUGGGUAUUGAGUGUUAGGGCCUGACCAGUUUACUCGUCCAAUCCCAAGGGUACUGAUAGCAAUUGCAUCUUUUCCCUAUUCAGCCAUCACCAACCCCACCAAACCUUAUACCCUCUCCCUGCCAAGCCAACAUCAGCUAAUCAAAUAAAGAUUGGGCAGUUUAGUGUCAAGGGAGAGAGAAAUCUUGGGACGUUUCAUUUCUGGUUCGUCAUAAGCAAUAUUUUUGUAAUUGGUAGGAGUAAAGUAAUUGAGGCUUUGGUGAAGGCAGUAAGAGUAUAAUUUGGCAUUUUUAUACUUUUUCCUUGUUAAUGGAUAACAAAAGUAUAUAUUUUUUACUUCUUAAAGCUUUUAAUUCCUACUAAAUAAAGUCACUUUUACUGAGAUUGAGAGCAUUCAGCACUUCCCAUAGUUCUAAUGGUUUCUUACCAUUUUAGGCUGAGCCAGCUGUAUGCUGGUUUAGUGUAAUGAUAGGCAAUUGAAUUUCUGCAGACGAAAUCGAAGACUCGUCGUGAUCACCGAGCAGAUUUCAAACCCAUUUUUAAAUGUAAAAAUUUGUUUUCACUCCUCUUCAGGGUUAGUUUUGCAAAGCAAUCAAAGCUGUAUGUUACUUUUUGAAGACUGUACUGUAACUUGUUAAAUGAAUUUUUUUUGCACUAAUAGAUGACUUUUGAGUUUCC